AUGGCCUCAUUACGAACCAUACUCCGUGCUCCAGCAACGCUUCGACCACUCCUGCUUCAUCCUACCACCUCCCGCGCUCUCUAUCACUCCUACGAACACACCGAACCACCGCCUUAUCGCGAGACCGAGUCCAAAAUCCUAUCCACCGCACUCAACUACGUGCCUACGCACGGCUUCACACAAGAAGCUCUCACGCUCGCUGCCCGCGACACCGGCUACCUCGACAUCUCCACAAACCUCUUCCCAAAAGGCGCCUACGAAAUCGUCCUCUACCAUCUCGUCACACAACGCUACACUCUCAAGGACCGCAUACAAUUCCCGGAAAACUUUGGCGUUGGCCGAAAGGUUCGCAGUCUUGUUCUUGAGCGUCUACGGGCGAAUGCGGAGGCAGGUGUCGUCGGCAGAUGGCAAGAAGCGCUGGGUCUCAUGUCAUUAGCGGAGAAUCUACGGCCGUCGCUGAAAGAGCUGGGUCUGCUGAGUGAUGAGAUGUGGUUCCUUGCUGGAGACGUGAGCGUCGACAGCUCAUGGUAUACAAAGCGUGCGAACUUAUCGGGAAUCUAUGCGGCGACGGAGAUCUUUCAGACGACAGACCAAAGCACAGAGUUCAGAGAUACGGAGGAAUUUCUGGAUCGGAGGUUGGAGGAGUUGAGGACGGUUGGCAGUGCAGCGAGUGGAACGAUGGAAUGGAUGGGCUUUCAGGCCGGAGCUAUGGUGAACUUGUUGAGGAGCAAAGGCAUGCGGAUAUAA